AUGGAUGAUAGGUCAUUCUAUUAUCUUGGCUCUUUUAAAGUCAUAAAUAUCAAAUACAAAGAAAAUUAUGGAGUGAAAUCCUCGAGGGAGUUUUCAGAAAGGAGUCAUCAAAUUGAAAGAAUGAUGUCUAGGAUAUUUCGACGUUCUUCUGGAGGGGGUCGAUUUAUCAAAUCACAUGUUAUCAGAAUAAGUCCAGAUGAACAAGGUGUAAACAUUCUUAUGGUGCUAAUGUUUCGAUACCCAUCUACUGACAGUAUUGAACAAAUCAAGAAAAGAAUCGAAAAGAUUUUUUAUCAAAAUUUGAAGAUUAAACAGUUGCCUUUGACUAUAAAUAAACCAUCAUUUAGACUCACACCUAUUGACGGCAAAAAGAUGAGAAAUCUUCUCAACAGUCGCUGUGGGAUAAGGAUGACAUCUUCAAACAUGCCAUUACCAGCGUCCUCUUCUACUGAAAGGAUUGUCCAAGGAAGGGAAACAGCUAUGGAGGGGGAGUGGCCAUGGCAGGCCAGCCUCCAGCUGGUAGGGGCAGGCCAUCAGUGCGGAGCCAGCCUCAUCAGUAACACGUGGCUGCUCACAGCAGCCCACUGCUUCCGGAAAAAUAAAGACCCAAGUAAGUGGAUUGCUACUUUUGGUACAACCAUUACGCCACCUGCAGUGAAACGAAGUGUGGGGAAAAUUAUCAUUCAUGAAAAUUAUCACAGAGAGACAAAUGAAAAUGACAUUGCUUUGGCUCAGCUGACUACCCGAGUUGAGUUUUCAAAUAUAGUCCAGAGAGUUUGCCUCCCAGAUUCCUCCAUAAAGUUGCCACCUAAAACAAGCGUAUUUGUCACAGGAUUUGGAUCCAUUGUAGAUGACGGACCUACACAAAAUAUACUCCGCCAAGCCAGGGUAGAAACCAUAGGCACUGACGUAUGUAACAGAAAGGACGUGUAUGAUGGCCUGAUAACUCCAGGAAUGUUAUGUGCUGGAUUCAUGGAAGGAAAAGUAGAUGCAUGUAAGGGUGAUUCUGGUGGACCUCUGGUUUACGAUAAUCAUGACAUCUGGUACGUUGUAGGUAUAGUAAGUUGGGGACAAUCAUGUGCUCUUCCCAAAAAACCUGGAGUCUACACAAGGGUGACUAAAUAUCGAGACUGGAUUGCCUCAAAGACUGGUGUCUAG